AUGACCACGCUCUGUCCCAAUUGCAAUACACGUCCAAUCAAUCCAGGUUACCAGUUCUGCUCAAAAGCGUGCGCUACAGCAGCGACGCCACAAUUCCUGGGUCAGUCUAAUCAGCACAAUAAUCAACCACCGCCCGCCUACGCAGCCCAAGCGCCUCAACCAAUGGCCCAGCCCCAGCAACAACAACCAGCUCAUCAAAGUGGAGGAGCCUCUGCUCUUCUUAAUCGUUUUCUUGGGAACCGUUCAGGCUCAAGCAGCCAGCCGCAACAGCCGACGGGAGGUCAAAACUGCCUCAUUGCCGGAUGUGGUCGACCAGUCUACCGGGAUGCUGCUGGCAAUCCUAGCUUGUAUUGCGGACGGAAGCAUAUGCAACAAGGUCAACAGAUGGGUUUGGGACAGCAUCCUCCCGCGGGAGCCCCCGCUCCCGGAAUGAUGGCACCCCAACCGACGGGGCAGCCUCAAACAGGCCAGCAAGCGAUGAUGGGUCACCAACCAAUGGCCUCUCAAGGAGGAAUGGCCUAUCCGUACAUGGGUCAACCGGGCCAGCAAGCAGGGAUGGCGUAUCCUCAACAGCCUGGCAUGUAUCCGCAAACUAACCAACAAACUAUGGGUUCUCAACCUGUAAUGGGCUAUCCACAAAUGGGUCAACAGCAACAGCCGAUGGGUCCUCAACCCGGAUCUACCUAUCCGCAGAUGGGCACUCAGCCUGGAAUGGGCUAUCAACAAAUGGGACCUCAGUCUGGGGCCUAUCCUCAGAUGGGUCAGCAGCCAACGACGUCGGGAAUGGGACAAGCUCCCACCGCAACCGCUCAGCCACCUGGAACGUGCCAGUUUCAGAACUGUCCAAAACCCGUCUAUGUCGAUCCCGUCACGAAAAAGCCGAGCCCGUAUUGCAGUAGGACACAUAUGAGAAUGGCUACCGGUCAGCAGGCACCCGUUCCUCCUACACAAACUCCCUUGCCUGGUCAGCCCAACAUGAUUCCCCCUUACACGGGUGUUGGAGUACCUCAACAGGCUCAACAGACUCAAGCUGCUCCAUCCGCGAGCUUGUAUCCUAGCAUUACCGGGAGUACUCCUGCGCAGCAGUACGCAGCUUCGAUUGCGAAUCGACAGCUUCCAAAUACUCCUGGGAAUCAACAACAGCAACAACCACUCAUGGGUCCCGCAUACCAGCCUCUGAGCUCGACUAGUCCACCACCCUUCAACCCUCAGCAGCCCGCCGCGCAUGGGCAAAAUCCCACAUCGAGCAGCGAAGGAACUGCUUCGCCGCCUCCUCAGCCUCUCUCGACGGGGUCUCUCCUUCAGAUGUGCUUCCUGUGUCGCUCCAAGCCCCCUCUUCCAAACGACUUUUUCUGCUCACCAGACUGUCGCGUUCGUGGCAAAAAGUUUGCACGGGACAUCCUGGAUAGCGAGAUGCCCAUGGAUCCCAACGAUACGCAGACAAUUCCAGGAGCGUUGUCGGAGGAUGAUGUAGACGAGUUCGGACUCCCAUUGAAUCCACCGACUCCAGGGUUCGCGACCCACAACAUGUCGAGCGGAAUGGACAGUGGCCUCGCAGCAGGACCGUCGCCCGGGGUACACAUGGCCUCUCCCGUGUACGCUCAUACGACUGGUAUGAGUGGAAACACGGCUUCUGCGUACUCGGGGUAUGAUCGAACAGUCCCCCUCGCGGCAUCAGCGCCACAACCCGCGCCGGCUACCCAGCAGUACCAAUCCACUCAACCUAAUCGACCAACGCAUGCAGCUGCUUCACCUGCGGCCCAAGUUACAACCCAAACGUCGCCAGCCCCUGUCCCAGCUCCCAGUCAAAGUCCAGCCCAGAAUCCGGCCCCAGCCCCGGUUCAGCAACAAUAUCAACCACAGUAUCAGCAACAGCAACAGCAACCCGCGUACCAACCGUACGUGCAAAUUCCCAGUGGCUACGUGGGCCACAUCGAGGACAAUGGGGGCUCGUGGAGCCCAGACGAAACAGACUCAUCCGCUGCGGUGUCGCAGUACAAAGGUACACAGCAACAGCAACAACAGCAGCACCAGGCGCCACCAGCUGUACAGCCGGGUAUGAACACGACGGUGGGCUAUGGGACCGCGGCAUAUGGCUCGUACGGAGCCGCACCGACGAACCCAGCGGGAGGAGUGUAUCCUUAUCCUCAGCAAAACCAACCACCACAGCAGCUUCAUCACCAGCCGUACGGGUAUCACCCAGGUCAACCUGUAAAUGAAGACUCGAUGCCGGAUUAG